GAAGCUCAAUUAGACACAGCGAAAACUUUCCGAGAAAUUGGGGAAAUGGAAUUAGCUUGGUUGGCACAAGGAAAUCCGGCUUCUCGGGAGGGUGAAAUGAAAUUUUCGCUUGAAGCUAUUUUUCUAGCUCACGACUUAGAAAUUGGUCAGUUCCACGACCUCGCGGAAUUAUUGUCGGCUUUCCAAAAAGUUUUCGCCCUCUCCGCUCCGGAGGAAGCGGUUAUUAACCAAAGUCAGCAAGUAGUUAAAUCUAUCAUCGGGGAACGGAAAGAAAAAUUAGAGGAUAUUAAAAAUAAAAUUAAGGAAAAUGAUUACAGUUAUUACCAAAAAUUCACUAGUGCGGUGGAGUAUUUCCGACAUUUUGACAUUGAAGUAGGAAUUAGAAAUGCCUUGCGAGACAAUGACUUUUCCAUUGUUGGAUAUUAUACACCACGACUGAACCAGGUUAGUAAUCAGCAACAGGAAUGGGUGUUAGAAAAUAUUCACGGAAAGGAUUACGAAAAGAUUUUCAAAGAAAAAGCCCAUCGAUCUAAUUUUGCUAAUUUUAUUAAAAGUUUGGAUAAUAAUGUGGAACUCAGAGGAAAGAUUAAGAGCUUUGCCACGGCAAACUACCAUGGUUUGACGGUUGCCGAAAUUAACCAAAUUUUGGCUAAAUGUGGGGUUAGUCCCGCCGAACAAGUCAAAAUUGACCGAGUUUAUACGGAAUACUAUAAUGUUUGUUUAGAAAAAACUGCGGAGUAUCAAGGUCAUACCAAAGCGGAUACUUCGUUAGCCGAUUUAAAGAAGGAAUUGGUUCUUGCCAAAGUAGGAAAAUUGGAAGAAAAGGAAAGAUUAGUCGGGGAAGAGUGGAGAAAGUUAGAAGCGGAGUUAGCCAAACCGAUUGUUGAUGAAGCCAAAAAAGCGGAAAUAAUCAAAAAAAUUGGUGAGUUCCCUCCUUAUCAACUUUUCCCAACUUCGGCUAAUAUCCCCGGCAAACUGGAAAAAAUUGAAGCCGAUUACCAAGCCUAUAAAGUGGAAAAAGAUAAACUAGAUAGG